GCGGUCCUCUCAUCGCUGGCCUCCCAGCCGCGGUCGCUGGUCGUGCAGAUCCGAGGUCUUGACCUCAUCGCGGCGUUGGUGGCUGCAAGGCAGAGGUCACCACCUGUGGCGGUCGACCUGGCAAUCGCAGCCCUCAACCGCUUUCCAGAAGUGCCGGAGCUUGUGGAGGUCGCGAUAAUGGCACUGGCGCGUCUCCUCAGCUUCGAUGAGGAGAAGGUGGAAGAGCCGAUGGAUC